CUUGUAUACACAGUAUAUUGCCGAAAGUAUUGUCCCCGCCCUCCAAAUCAUGUGAUUCAGGUGCUUCAAUCCCCUCCCAAUCAUGUGAUUCAGGUGUUCCAAUCCCCUCCCAAUCAUGUGAUUCAGGUGCUCCAAUCCCCUCCCAAUCAUGUGAUUCAGGUGUUCCAAUCCCCUCCAAAUCAUGUGAUUCAGGUGUUCCAAUCCCCUCCAAAUCAUGUGAAUGAGGCGCUCCAAUCCCCUCCCAAUCAUGUGAUUCAGGUGCUCCAAUCCCCUCCCAAUCAUGUGAUUCAGGUGUCCCAAUCCCCUCCCAAUCAUGUGAUUCAGGUGUCCCAAUCCCCUCCAAAUCAUGUGAUUCAGGUGCUCCAAUCCCCUCCAUGGACACAGGUGUAUACAAUC